AUGAAACCAAACCAAAAACAUCAAGUUUUAAUGAAGAUCUGUNCUCGAUGGGUUGAGCCUUACAAUCGCGACAAAACUGUGUUUACCACUAGUGGAUUAGUAGUUUAUUGUCAAGUUUGUGAUCGUCAGGUGCGUUGUAACAAAAAGUUUCAAAUAACGCAACAUGUAACUACAGAGUUUUAUUUGAAAUGUUUGAAAAAAAGUUCCAACAACAGUAAACAAAUGUUGUUGGGAGAUGAAACCAAACCAAAAACAUCAAAAUUUAAUGAAGAUCUGUGUUUGAGCCUCGUAGCUGCAAAUAUACCUUGGUUUAAACUACAAAAUCCAGACUUCCGCGAUUUUUUACAAAAUUAUACAAAAAAACACAUUCCUGAUGAAACCACUCUACGUAAGUCUUUCUUACAUCCAUUUUAUGUAAAAACAAUUGAAAAAAUUAGAGAAAAAAAUGGGGAUUCGUAUAUAUAUUUAGUCGUUGAUGAAACUACAGAUAUCAAUGGUAGUUAUAUUGUAAACCUUUUAGUUGGUGUGUUAAAUGAACAAAAUGCUAGCAAACUAUUUAAAAAUGAUUUGAAAUACAUUUCAAAGCUGGUAAAACACUAA